AUGCCGAUGUUUGCGGGAUCCCUUCAUCGCCCUAGAAGAAACGUGGGAACACCUUUAGUUCUUACGAGCAGUGUCUUAGCAGCCAACCAAAUGACAAAUACGAGGGUUUCCCCGUUCAUACUUCUGUUUUUUGCCUAUUUUGGAGUCCAGUCUUGCUUUUCAGCUGGUAAAAAUCCAGUAUUACCGAAAACAGGACCAUGCGUUUUAAACGACGAUGGUAUGAAGUGUACCGAGAACGGAUACUACGAAACAGUCCAAUGUGAUGCGCGUGGUUGUUUCUGUGUUUCUGCUCAUAAUGGUUUCGCUGCGUAUGACACUCGUACCGAAAGCAAUAAAAUUGCUCCGAAGUGUUCAAACUGUCAUAACGUACUAAAAAAUCUCUUUGCUGCCGGAAGUCCACCUGUGGAUACUGCUAUACCGAAAUGUGACAUGUCCCUAGGCAACUAUGAGCCAAUGCAGUGCGAUGCUAAACAAGUCUGGUGCUACUGUGUCGAUCCUGUUACUGGCAAAGAGUUGCCGAACACAAGGAAGAGGAAGGAGAAGAAUCAAAGAAUUAGAUGCGAUAAUACCGAUUUCUCACUCGAUCCGGGACAAUUUCCUUCAACUGAAGGGAUAUCCGGUGAGCAGGAACGCUAUCCAGUCGCACAAGAAUCAUGCAAACUGGACAGAAAUCGAGGAACUGCUUGCCGUAACGCAACCCGUUCAGUUAGGUACUUCUUCGACUACAAAACAUUUGCCUGUUUGGCUUUUGAGUAUCUUGGAUGCGGUGGAAAUGCCAAUAACCAUCGUACUUCGUCUGAAUGUUCUUCUGCUUGUCUGCUGCCUGAUUUGUCUGGUUGUUCUGGCAUGUAUCCAGCAGCUCGGGGACCAAAUGGACAGGCAAUGACCUGUGGCCCCCCAGGGAUGAUGAUGAGCCAAAUUGGUCCAGCAGAUGGUUGCCCUAAAGAUCAUAAAUGUGUGAUGGGUGCAUUCUUCGGAUUCUGUUGCAAUAAGGCGAACGAAGAUCGCUAUAACGCUGCAUAUCAUCCGGUCCUUUACAUCGUCGAACUUUUUAUUUUCUAUGAGAUGGGUGAGCGACAGGAAAAGAAAGGCGGGUGGGAAAGUCGGUUGGAGACGGGUCUGGUGAAUACGGCGACAGGAUACUCACCAUCGACACCGACAAUAACCGUUUUCUGGUGCAACCAACGUAUAAGUCUUCAUAAGCCCACCCAAAGAUGUCUCAACAAUACGCUCUGUUCCUUUUCGUCUUCGCUGUUUCUCUUUCUGGAAGCCUCCAGCAGGCCAAUUGCCCUGAGGAUAAGUACGGGCUCAACAGCACCAUGA